GUGGGUGUGUCUGUGACUGUGGCCAGGCAGUGCACCCUCCUAGGGGAGGGCUCCGAAGUGGAAUGCGACCCCCCAGCCGCGUGCCCCUAGGGGCUGUAAUCUGAUCCCUGGGGACUCCCCCCUUGCCUCCCGCCCUCGCUGCCAACUCCUUCUCUUCCAGAACCCGGGGCAGAGUCCAGGGCAGCUCAAGGCUCCUCCACACACUCCCGCUGAACCCUGAGCGCCUUGAGCCGCCACCGGAAUGGGGCGGGCCGUGGCCGCCGCCAUGAUCCCAGGCUUGGCCCUGCUCUGGGCCACGGCACUGGGGGGUGCUGCCCCCAGCCCCCCGCGCCUGAGGCUCUCCUUCCAAGAGCUCCAGGCCCAGCAUGGUCUCCGGACCUUCCGGCUGGGGCGGACCUGCUGCUAUGAAGCCCUGCUGGUGGAUGAGGAGCGCGGACGCCUGUUCGUGGGUGCUGAGAACCACGUGGCCUCCCUCAGCCUGGACAACAUCAGCAAGCGGGCCAAGAAGCUGGCCUGGCCGGCCCCCGUGGAAUGGCGAGAGGAAUGCAACUGGGCAGGGAAGGACAUUGGUACUGAGUGCAUGAACUUCGUGAAGUUGCUGCAUGUCUACAACCACACCCACUUGCUGGCCUGUGGCACGGGAGCCUUCCACCCGACCUGUGCAUUUGUGGAGGUGGGCCACCGGCUGGAGGAGCCCGUGCUUCUGCUGGACCUUCGAAGCCUAGAGGACGGCAAGGGGAAGAGUCCUUACGACCCCAGGCAUCGGGCUGCCUCCGUGCUGGUGGGGGAGGAGCUGUAUUCAGGGGUGGCCGCAGACCUCAUGGGCCGGGACUUUACCAUCUUCCGCAGCCUGGGCCGGCGGCCGAGUCUCCGCACAGAGCCACACGACUCUCGAUGGCUCAACGAGCCCAAGUUCGUUAAAGUCUUUUGGAUCCCGGAGAGUGAGAAUCCAGACGACGACAAGAUCUACUUCUUCUUCCGUGAGUUGGCGGUGGAGGCGGCUCCGGCACUGGGACGCCUAUCGGUAUCCCGCGUCGGCCAGAUCUGCCGGAACGACGUGGGCGGCCAGCGCAGCCUGGUCAACAAGUGGACGACCUUCCUGAAGGCACGGCUGGUGUGCUCGGUGCCCGGCGUCGAGGGCGACACCCACUUCGACCAGCUCCAGGACGUGUUCCUGCUGCCGUCGCGGGACCGCUGGAGCCCGCUGCUUUACGCUGUUUUCUCCACGUCCAGCGGCGUCUUCCAGGGCUCCGCAGUGUGCGUGUAUAGCAUGAACGACGUGCGCCGGGCUUUCCUGGGACCCUUCGCACACAAGGAGGGGCCCAUGCACCAGUGGAUGUCUUACCAGGGCCGUGUCCCCUACCCGCGGCCGGGCAUGUGCCCCAGCAAGACCUUUGGCACCUUCAGUUCCACCAAGGACUUCCCUGACGACGUCAUCCAGUUUGCCCGGAACCAUCCCCUCAUGUACAAUUCGGUUCUGCCCAUCGGGGGUCGCCCCCUUUUCCUGCAAGUGGGCGCUGGGUACACUUUCACCCAGAUCGUUGUGGACAGAGUAGCAGCUGCUGACGGACACUGGGAUGUCCUCUUCAUUGGCACAGACAUAGGCACAGUGCUGAAGGUAAUCUCCGUUCCCAAGGGCGGCAGUCCUAGCUCCGAGGCGCUGCUCCUGGAGGAGCUGCAUGCGUUUGAGGACUCAGCCGCUGUCACAAGCAUGCAGAUCUCCUCCAAGAGGCACCAGCUGUACGUAGCUUCCCGGAGCGCGGUGACCCAGAUCGCACUGCACCGCUGCGCUGCCCAUGGCCACGCCUGCGCCGAAUGCUGCCUGGCACGUGACCCCUACUGCGCCUGGGACGGGGCCACAUGCACGCGCUUCCAGCCCAGUGCCAAGAGGCGGUUCCGGCGGCAAGACGUAAGGAAUGGCGAUCCCAGUACUCUUUGCUCGGGAGACUCCUCGCGCCCUACGCUACCGGAGCGGAAGGUGUUCGGCGUGGAGGGCGACAGCGUCUUCCUGGAAUGUGAGCCCCGCUCUCUGCAGGCGCACGUGAACUGGACCUUCCAGCGCGCAGGGGAGCAGUCCCAAACCCAGGUGCCAGCGGAGGGACGCGCCCAGCACACCCCACAGGGGCUGCUGCUACGCGGGCUGCUGCGCGGGGACUCAGGCGUGUACUUGUGUACCGCGGUCGAGCAAGGCUUUUCGCAGCCGCUGCGCCGCCUGGCGCUGCACGUGCUGAACGCUGUGCAGGCCGAGAGGCUGGCGCGGGUUGAGGAGGCUGCGCCAGCCGCGCCGCCAAGCCCCAAGCUCUGGUACCGGGACUUCCUGCAGCUGGUGGAGCCAGGCGGCGGCGGUGCGAGCUCCCUGCGCAUGUGUCGCCCACCUCCCGCGCCGCGCCUGCUGCCUAACGAGCCGCGGAGGAAGGGCCGCAACCGGCGGACGCAUACCCCGGAGCCGCGUGCUGAGCGGGGCCCGCGCAGUGCCGUGCACUGGUGACCAGGCCGUCCCCAUGCCGGGAACCAGACGGGAGAUAACGGGCGAGAGAGAGGAAGACAGACUCCGGGACUAGGAGAUGGAGGAGUGGGGGCCGGGCACACUGCUGACCCUGGCCGAUGGAGACACCCGCUGACAGGCCCCAGCCGAGGGGCAGCCGCGCCGGCUUAUUUAUUAACAGAUAAACCUUGAAUGUAGCCCCGGGAGGGGUGGCCCAGGCUGGCCACAGAGGUCCGCUGGUCAGGAGGGGGCCAGAGAAGCAGGACUCUAGAGCAACCACCGGGGCCAGGGAGGUGCCCGGAGUGCCCACCCUGGGGGAGACACCCCUUCUUGGGCAGCGAGCAGGAAGCUAUGAACAGGCCAGACUGCUGGGGGCAGGGGUGGGGGCAGGCCGACUGUACUAAAGUAACACAAUAAACACAUUAUCAGCCGAAGCUGGAGCAGCCGCAG